CCAGUUACAGUAGGGAUGAGCAUACACAUCUCCAGCAUUGACCAGAUAUCAGAAGUCAACAUGGAUUACACCAUCACCAUGUACUUCCAGCAAAGUUGGCGUGACAAGCGUUUGGCAUAUACAGCUCUCCCGCUAAACCUCACACUGGAUAACCGUGUGGCUGACCAGCUUUGGCUCCCGGACACAUACUUCCUGAAUGACAAGAAAUCAUUCUUACACGGAGUCACUGUCAAAAACCGAAUGAUCCGACUGCACCCAGAUGGCACUGUCCUCUAUGGUCUUAGAAUAACCACCACAGCAGCCUGCAUGAUGGAUCUACGCAGAUAUCCUCUGGACCAGCAGAACUGUACCCUAGAGAUAGAGAGCUAUGGAUACACAACAGAUGAUAUUGAGUUUUUCUGGCAGGGUGGGGAGGUUGAUGCUGUCACAGGUGUUCCUGCUCUGGAGUUACCACAGUUUACAAUCAUCGAGACGAGACUGGUUUCGAAGAAAGUUGUAUUUACCACUGGUAAUUACCCACGUCUGUCUCUUAGUUUCCGGAUUAAAAGGAACAUUGGAUAUUUUAUCUUGCAAACAUACAUGCCAUCUAUACUCAUUACCAUCCUCUCCUGGGUCUCCUUCUGGAUCAACUAUGAUGCAUCUGCCGCUAGAGUGGCUCUAGGAGUAACAACAGUGCUGACCAUGACGACCAUAAACACGCAUCUAAGAGAGACACUACCCAAGAUUCCCUAUGUUAAGGCUAUCGAUGUGUAUCUGAUGGGAUGCUUUGUAUUUGUGUUUCUGGCUCUGCUGGAAUAUGCCUUUGUCAACUAUGUAUUCUUUGGGCGCGGUCCUCAGCAGCAAAAAAAGCAGAAUGAACGGACGACCAAAGCAAAUAAUGAACGCCACCGCUAUGAGGAGAGAAGGGUUGAUCCUUAUGGGAACCUGCUUCUCAGCUCUCUUGAUAUGAGCAGCGAAUUAAUGUCAUCUGAGAUUGGGAGCAGUGUUGGCGACUCCCGGAACUCUGUCCUGUCCUAUGACACCUCAGGGAUCCAGUUCCGCAAACUAGCUGACCUCCAGGGGGGGACGGUUUUCAGCCACACUCCCCUUGAGCGUCAUAUGCCCAUGACAGCUGCUCGUGGACGUGCCAACUGCCGCCUCCGGCGACGCUCCUCUAAGUUAAAGCUUAAAAUCCCGGACCUGACAGAUGUCAGCACCAUUGAUAAAUGGUCCCGGAUCAUUUUCCCCAUUACCUUUGGAUUUUUUAAUCUGGUUUACUGGAUGUAUUAUGUUAACUGA